CCGGGACUCAUCCUCUCCCUGAGGGUCGGGGUGUUUGCCGGAAAGCCCUAUGCCCCGUGUCGCCCUUCUCGUCUCUUCCUCGCAUUUUCCCCUUUUUCGGUUGCCAUCCUGGCCGCCCAUCGACGCAUUCGAGGGCCUCUCCCCUCUGGAAAAGGCCUCUCUCCCUCCUUUUCUUUCUCCUCCUCCUCCUCUUCCUGCUUUUCCCCUUUUCACUGCCUCUGCGCACGGAGAACCCACCACACGAUGACUCCCGACCAUGAGCUCACCCCCACCAGCCUCGAGGUUAUCUCUCGCCAGGCGACGAUCAACAUCGGUGCCAUUGGUCACGUCGCUCACGGUAAGUCCACCGUUGUCCGUGCCCUGACCGGUGUCCAGACCGUCCGCUUCAAGAACGAGCUCGAGCGUAACAUUACCAUCAAGCUGGGUUAUGCCAAUGCCAAGCUGUACAAGUGCUCCAGCGCCUCUUGCCAGCGCCCUGGCUGCUAUCGCGCCUAUGGCUCCGGCAAGGAGGACAACCCCCCCUGCGAGGUGUGCUCCAGCCCGAUGGAGCUGCUCCGCCAUGUCUCCUUCGUCGAUUGCCCGGGUCACGAUAUUCUCAUGGCCACCAUGCUUAACGGUGCGGCCGUCAUGGACGCCGCCAUUCUCCUGGUUGCCGGUAACGAGGAGUGCCCCCAGCCCCAGACCUCCGAGCAUCUGGCUGCCAUUGAGAUCAUGAAGCUCAACCACCUGAUCGUCCUGCAGAACAAGAUCGAUCUCAUCAAGGACACCCAGGCCGAGGAGAACUACCAGCAGAUCCAGAAGUUCGUCAAGGGCACCUCUGCCGAGACUGCCCCCAUCAUCCCGAUCUCGGCCCAGCUGAAGUACAACAUUGAUGCCCUGGUCGAGGCUCUCGUCAAGAAUGUCCCGAUCCCCGUUCGUGACUUCACCUCCGAGCCGACGAUGAUCAUCAUCCGCUCCUUCGAGAUCAACAAGCCCGGUGCCGAUGUCAACUCCCUCAAGGGUGGUGUGGCCGGUGGCUCCAUCCUCAAGGGUGUCCUCAAGAUUGGCGACGAGAUUGAGGUCCGCCCCGGUAUCAUCGAGCGCGAGGCUGGUGGCUCCUUCGUGUGCCGGCCCAUCGUCUCCAAGGUUGUUUCUCUCUUCGCCGAGUCCAACGAGCUGCUGCGCGCCGUUCCCGGUGGCCUGAUUGGUGUCGGUACCAAGAUCGACCCGAUGCUCUGCCGUGCCGAUCGCCUGGUCGGCCAGGUCCUCGGCCGCAAGGGGUCCCUGCACAGCGUCUACGAUGUCAUCACCGUGGAUUACUUCCUGCUCCGUCGUCUGCUCGGUGUCCGUACCGAGGGCCGUGGCAAGGCCACCCGUGUCCAGCGCCUGGACAACGGUGAGAUCCUCAUGGUCAACGUCGGCUCCACUUCCGUCGGUGGCCGCAUCACCUCCAUCAAGGGCGACACCGCGGUCAUUGCCCUGACCAGCCCGGUGUGCACUGAGAUCCCGGCCAAGGUGGCCCUCUCCCGUCGUAUUGACAACCACUGGCGCCUGAUUGGCUGGGGUGAGAUCAAGGACGGGAACGCCAUCCUCCAGUAAAUGCCGAAGGAGGGGAGUGCGCUCUCGAGACACCUAGAUGCCCUCCCUCUUCUGGUGCGCGUGUGUGCGCGCACUGGCGCGCACGGCACGUACCCGGGGGGCGAGCAGGAACCCGCCGCCGCACACACAAACACAUUUGCCCCUUUUUUUUGUUACACAUACACCUAUAUGUUCACAGAGAA